AGAUCCUUAGUUUCCUAGCAUAUAUCACUGCUAUUAAAUGGUGAGAAUUAUUAGUGUCAGCAGACUCUUAAUUAUCCUCUUGUCUAUCCGUUUAUCUUCCAAACAAUUGUUAGCAGUUGGAAGAAAUAAUACAGACUAUGAAUCACUCAUUGCAGUCAAGAAUCAAUUUCUAAAGCAAAGCAAUGCGAAUUCUUCUACCAUUUUCGCGAGCUCAUGGAAUGCCACCAACCACUUUUGCUCAUGGGAAGGGGUCACUUGUGGCUUCAAGCACUGCGACAGAGUCACAGCCUUGAAUCUCCAUUCUGUCGGGUUGUCCGGUCCUCUUCCUCCUUCCAUAUUCAAUCUCACCUUCCUGAGAAGGCUUGAUCUCAGCCUCAACGAGCUCUAUGGUGAGAUCCCUCAAAUUUUGGCUUGCUUACCACGACUACAACAUCUUAACUUGAGCUUUAACUCAUUUGAUGGAGACAUUCAUGCUAUUCUGGUGUUGAACGAUAGCUCUGUUCUUCAAGUUCUAGACCUUGCCAAAAACCAUAUGAUCACAGGAAAGAUACCAAUUUUUAUCAACUCCAUGUCCCCGCUCAAAUUCCUCCGUUUCGAUCAAAACAACAUCAUUGGCACCAUCCCUCCUUCACUUACCAAUCUAUCCUUCUUGCAAAGUUUUUAUGCAUUAUCUAAUAAUCUAGAGGGAGUCAUCCCACCAGAGAUUGGUGUUCUUCAUAAGUUAAAAGACUUUAAUGUGGCUGAUAAUAAACUUUCAGGUAAGAUUCCUUCUUCAUUCUAUAAUCUAUCAUCAUUGCGUAGAGUUUCGGUGACAACUAAUCACUUCUCUGGUUACAUUUCUUCUAAUAUUGCCCAAGCUUUUCCAAACCUUGUAAUAUUUUAUUUUGCCGAAAAUAAUUUCAUUGGUUCACUUGAUCAAGCUCUUCAAAAUGUGACCAGCUUAGUCAUUUUCGACAUUAGCAUAAAUAAUUUCACAGGAGUGGUGCCACCAGACUUUGGAAAAAUGUAUAAUCUUAGACUUCUCAAUAUGGAAUCUAACCAAUUUGAAGCGAAUGAUGCAAAAGACUGGAAAUUUCUUGAUUCAUUAACUAAUUGCACAAGCUUACAAAUUUUAGGCCUUUAUGGUAAUAACUUUCAUGGAAUACUUCCAAAAUCAAUUGGGAACCUCUCCAUUGAGCUUCAAAAAAUAUCAUUAGGAUAUAAUCACAUUUUAGGAAGAAUCCCUUUUGAACUUGAUCGGUACAACAAUCUAAUUGGUUUAGGGAUGGAGGAAAAUCAUUUGGAAGGUUCUAUACCCAAGACCAUUGGAAUGCUUGGAAGGCUACAAAUUUUAUCUUUGACUGGGAAUGAUCUUACGGGAUUUAUUCCUUACUCCCUAGAAAAUCUCACAAGUCUUAGUGAGUUAUAUUUAGGAUAUAAUCAAUUAACAGGCCAUAUACCUUUAAGCCUAAAAAACCUCCAACAUCUUUCUUAUUUGGAUCUCAGUCAUAAUAAUCUAACAGGCUGGAUUCCAAAAGAAAUUUUUUUCAUUCCUUCCUUUUCAAAUUCUUUGUAUUUGUCUUAUAACUCUUUCACUGGGUCUCUACCAUUAGAAGUUGGCCGUCUGACAAAUCUCUACUACCUUGAUGUUUCUAAUAAUAAUUUGGAGGGAAAAAUUCCAAAAGCAAUUGGAAGUUGUCAAUCAUUACUUGGAUUAGAAAUGAAAUACAACUUCUUCCAAGGCCCCAUCCCUAUUUCUCUAAGCAACUUGAAGAGUCUUGAAAAAUUAGACAUUUCACAUAAUAAUUUAUCUGGUGUUAUUCCUCAAUUUCUACAAAAACUUGUCUUUCUUAAGAAGUUGAAUCUAUCAUUUAAUAAUCUUGAAGGUGAGGUGCCAUAUGAUGGUGUCUUUGCAAAUUCCUCAGAAAUAUGUCUCGUUGGAAAUGAAAAACUAUGCGGAGGGAUUGUAACACUUCAUUUGCCAAAUUGUGUUGCCAAAUCAUCGUCAACAAAACUUCAUCAUUUAAUCAAAAUUAUUGUAGUUAUGCUAUUCAUCCUUUUGUUGUGCUAUACUUUGCUUUAUAGAAGAAAAAAGAAAAAUGAUUUAAGAAAUACAUCUGGUUUAUCUAUAAGCCCUCCAUUUCCAAAAAUUUCGUAUGCAAAAUUAGCUGAAGCUACAAAUGCUUUCUCCACUACACACCUAGUAGGAUGUGGAAGAUAUGGCUCUGUUUUUGCAGGCAACUUAAGAGAUUAUGAUGAUAUUGUGGCUAUUAAAGUAUUUAACCUUGAGGUUCAUGGAGCUUUGAAGAGUUUUACAUAUGAAUGUGAUGCAUUAAGAAGCAUACGUCAUCGUAAUCUUGUACGAGUACUAAGUUCUUGCUCGAGCUUAGAUAUUCAAGGCAAUGAGUUUAAAGCUUUGAUCUUUGAAUUCAUGCCAAAGGGAAACUUAGACACACACCUCCACCAAGAAUAUGAGAUUGAUGAAGAUGUUGUUCUCUCUUUGGAAAAAAGAUUAAGUAUUGCCAUCAAUGUUGCAGAAGCUUUGGAGUAUCUUCAUCAUAGUUGUGAACCACCAAUCAUUCACUGUGACAUAAAGCCAAGUAACAUUUUACUUGACAAUAACCUUAUUGCACAUGUGGGUGAUUUUGGACUCUCAAGAAUGCUUUAUGAGAAUGUGAAUAUAUCUCUUCAAGCUUCUUCCAACCAAAGUGGCAUUAAAGGAACUAUUGGCUAUAUUGCCCCAGAGUAUGGUGAAGUAGCUCCCCUGUCUCCAUCUGCAGAUGUUUAUAGUUUCGGAAUAGUAUUACUAGAGAUGCUUACUGGAAGAAGGCCUACCGAUGACAUUUUUAGUGAUAACUUAACUCUACAUAAUCACAUUAAAAUGACAUUGCCUCAUGGAAUCAACUACAUAGUAGAUUGUAAAAUGUUUACAAAAGAGCAAAGAGAUGCUAGCAACAGGUGUGGAGAACAACCAAGAUGGUUCAGUUGCCAAAGCACCAACAAAUGUUUGCUUUCACUGACAGAAUUAGCUCUUUCAUGCUCAGUUUCAUCUCCAAAAGAAAGGCCUUCCAUGAAAGAUGUUACUGCAAAAUUAAAUGCAAUUCGAGUUUCUUACGUACCUUCAAUAUGAUGAAAAUGAUAUAUUCAUGAAGAAAAGCUAGUAUGUGGAAGCAACAACUUUUAGUUGUUUGUGUUUUUAAUAUUAGUUUCAAUAUGUGAUGAAAUAUGGGAAGGAAGAUGCAUGAUGAUAAA